AUAACAAAUAAUUUGAGCUCCUAGAUGUAUGACCGAGCUCCAAGAGCCCUCUCAGAAACACAGAAAGAUAUCCCCCAACAUGUAGGACCGGGAGCAUACGAACCUCAUCACAGAUUCACUGACAGAAAACCCAUCAGCGAGGGCUAUGCACCGUUCCAGUCGAUGGCUCCAAGGACCACAUUCCUGGAUGUACCGGACACAGUUAUCUUAGCGCCAGGACCUGGUCACUAUUACCCGGAAGUGAUAUCACGUGACCGAGCUAAGGGUGGCAGCACUAUCGCUAAUAUGGAGCCGAGGUUCCGAGAAAGGGUUCCAGAUACCCCUGGACCAGGAACCUACUCAACUGAACUUAAUUGGAUCAAACCGCGGUCCAUGCCUCUACCUGACGAACAGGUAUUCGAAGGAACUGGACAUAUAACAUGGAAACGAAAGUUGGAUCCACCCUCCAUUCCAUCACCGGGUAAAAGUUUUGGUUACGAAGAAGGAACAGACGGAGGCCUCAUUCCACAAGCAGGGCCUGAGAAAGACGGGUCAUUGGGGCCUGCUUAUUAUAAGUCAGACAAGGUUUCCACUACUAUUGCGGAAAAAAGAUAUAAGGGCGUUCAUUGGUCCAAGAGGACGGAGAAUAGAUUCAAAUUCUACUUGUGGAGCAAUGGCUAUGAAGUUCCAUGGAAAUUUGAUGAAGGUAAAGACAAUCCAGGCCCAGGACAAUACAACCCACACAAAGAGCCCGUUAUCCAGGAGAAGUUUACUAUUUCCGAAUCUGGAAAACCUAAGAAAUUUGAAUCCAGGAUUCCAAGAUAUCACGAGUUGAUUCCACUGAAAGCAGACAAGAAAAACGUGCCGGGGCCCGGUUCCUACAAUAUCAAAUCAACACUGGAACGACAUGUAGCACUGCAAGCAGAGGGAUCCGAUGCUAAACCAUUCGGUUCGACGACUAAGAGAUUUAUAUCUCCGAAGACCACUGCGCCUGCUCCAGGACAAUACAACGAAACUAGACAUGCUUUUGAAUCCUUGAGAAAGAUAAGUGGUUUAAAAAAGAGUCCAUUUGGUCAGACUUCUACGAGAUUUGGGAAAUCUGGCGGCAGCCGCAGUAAUUUCGCUCCUGGGCCCGGCACAUAUAACGUGGACAUAAUGACAAGCUUGAACACAAACAUUCAGAAGAAAGCACACAUGUCUAGUUCUACUAAAGGAGUGUUUGGGUCGUCCUCCGUCAGAACUCUGCCCUAUACGAAGCACGAGGACAAGCAUCUCCCCGGACCGUCCCACUACAUUCAGGACAGCAAUGUCAUAGCUGAAAAGCUACGCAAAACGAACCAUGCCACGUCAGUGUUUGCCAGUACGAGUGACAGAAUUAGAAUAGCUGGAACAAUUGACAAGGAUAUUCCUCCUCCGGGCAGCUACAAUGUGGAGUCCUCAUAUCAUGACUCUCAAGUCAAAAAGACGACUGCUGCACCUAGGACAUUGGCAGGCCAGAUUAAAGCAGGGUCUUUCUUGUCUUCAUCUGCAAGAUUUGCUCCCCCACGUGAUGUUUUGAUCAAAGAAUCUGAUCCUCUGGUGCCAGGACCAGGAGCGUACAACCCCUCUAAAACUGAGUCCUACUUGAAGGGAACCCUUGCCAGCCAGACCCCCAGAUUUGUUGAGAAACCUAACAACGUCCCAGGACCGGGACAUUAUCGAGAAAGUGUUACAUCACACUCCUUGGUGAAGCCGUCCUUCAAUGUUACGCUGAACAAUCCCACUCUUAUCAAAGAAGUAAAAUCGAGGGCACCUUCGAAACAGUUGGUUAUGUCACUGUAACAGAAAUAGGAUAAAAGGGUAUUUUCAUUAGAAAACUGAGCUAAAAAGGAAAGGACUUGUUAUAUCAGCAUUCCCUGACGGCUUAAGAUGAAUUUAGAUAAUUUUCAUACGGAUUUUAUUGUACAGAUUAUUAAGUAUGUCUAAAUGAGAUGGAAUAUAAUUAACAGAUAUGUGAUAUAAAUAACAUAAUUAUGAUACUCUUAAUCAUGUUUAUAUCAUUCUUGAAUGUUCCGAUUUUUAUACCUGUUCAGAAAUAUUUAGCUGUGUAAAUUAAAUUAUUCUUUUCUAGAUAAGACACCUUCUAUUAUCUUAUACCACGAUUGUUGGAUGGGCUUUAACUGUGGGUAUAGGUAUGUAUCCGUUGAAUAAUGUAUUACCAAAGAAAUUCGUGGU